CAAGAAUUGAAAGCUAUUCUCAUUUUUUUAAUUGAAAUAUUGACAAAUUCUGACUUAAUUGUUCUUUCCAACGGCCCAGAUCCACUUCUCGAAGAUCGGACAAGUUGAAUCAGGAAUUUGCAAACGACCCAUGGUGGGGGGAUAGAGGGCAGGUAAAAAUAACGUUAGUGGCCCUAUAUCCCGUGUACAGGAAGGAUGUUCGACUAUUGAGUAACUCAGCGGAACGCUUUUUUGUAAUAAUAAUGUGAAGUGCUUUAGUGAAAGUGUAAAUUUAGUCAAUUCGCGCGCUAUGGCCGAUAAAGAGCUAGUCGUGUCCCUUAAAGACUUGCCGUUUGUGGCUACAGUGAAGUACCUCGGGAGCCAGCCAGCUAAGGGCCUCUGGGGGAUGAAGCACACCCGGAAACCCGUCGAUUACUUAGUCAGCUUGGCCAAAAAUCUACCCCCAAACAAAGUACUCCCCAUCGUCAAGCUCGAAAUCAACCUCCAAGGACUCUCCUUCCAAGAUAUCACAAACAAGAAGGACAAAUCUCCCCCUGUGAUGUUCCCCAUCGACGAAAUAUCCUACGGUGUGCAGGACUUGGUCUACACCAGAGUCUUCAGCAUGAUUGUGGUCACUGAUACUGAUCUUAAAAACGGUGUCCCGUUCGUGUGCCACAGUUUUGUCUGCGAAUCGCGAAACCAAGCCAGACAAAUCACGUACGCCCUAGCUGCAGCUUUCCAGGAGUACGGACGGCAGUCAAAGCUUGACGAUAGUGGCAACAAGCGCAAAAAGUUCGCUAUAGAUUUGCGCACGCCGGAGGAACAGGCCGAAGCGUCGGAGGAAGAAACCGAAGCUUGACUGUAUUAUUUAAUAAAUAGUUAAACGUUUGA